UUACUUGGUCAACCAGUCUUUUUUUGUUUUCCAGUCCGUGUAAGCUCAAAAUAAAAAAUCAUUUUUCUUGAUUCAUGAAUCAUCCCUAGCUUUUACAUGCAUUUGCCCAUUGAAAAUCUUUUCCCCCCAUCAUCAAGUCAGCCAUUUUCAAUAUCUUAUGAUAGCUUGAAAGUUCAUGAACAAGCUCUCAUUCAUUCAUUCACUUAUUUCUUUUUCUUUUUCCUUUAAUCUGCAAUGAAACUCCAUGUAUUGAUAUCAGAGUUUUGUGCAGGAAAUCCCACCAAGAAUAUCAAAUGGAAGAAUCAAUCGAAAAGAAAGUAUUGCAGCAAUCACUUCUGUUUUGUUCUAUUUUUCCCCGUUGUUUUGUUCUUCAUGUUACUCUGUUUUAAUCAUCUCUUCUUUGAGAACAUUAAAGGGCACGUUUAUUUUCACGGAAAAUCAACUGGUUCUGUAACUUAUUUUCCUGGAAAGUUGAACGAAACCGAAGAUUCAUGCUUGGGUCGGUACAUUUAUAUCCAUGAUCUUCCCAAGAUAUUCAAUGAAGAUGUGAUCAAAGAUUGUCAGUUGAUUACAAGAUCAACUGAUAAAUACAGUAUGUGCAAAUCUUUGGAAAAUUCGGGUUUAGGCCCUGGGAUUGAAGCUUUAAAUGCUUCGGAUUUAUGGAAGAAUAGUUGGUUUUCUACGAAUCAGUUCAUGUUGGAGGUUAUUUUUCAUAAUCGAAUGAAGAAAUACGACUGUUUAACCGACGAUUCGACUCUUGCUUCCGCCGUUUUCGUGCCGUACUAUGCUGGUUUGGAUCUUCGUCGAUAUUUGUGGGGAUUCAAUACGUCGAUGAGAGAUUUAUCGGGGAUCGAUUUGGUUGCUUGGCUUGCAAGAAAACCUGAAUGGAAAAGGAAUUCAGGUAUGGAUCAUUUCUUGAUUUCAGGUCGGAUUGCUCGAGAUUUUCGACGAAAAUCGAACCGGAAAUCGGACUGGGGCAGCAACUUCAGGCUCUUGCCGGAGUCGGAAAACAUAACAAUGUUGACAAUCGAAACAGGGUACUCAAAAAACGACGUUGCGGUACCGUAUCCGACGUAUUUCCAUCCUGUAAAUGAUUUCCAAGUUCAUCAAUGGCAAGAAUUCCUCAGAAAACAGAACAGACCUUACUUAUUCUCGUUCGCAGGUGCUCGAAGAUCGAAACAAAAAGGAUCAAUCCGUGCCGAGAUUAUCGACCAAUGCCAAGCUUCAAACAAGUUAUGCAACUUCAUGGAUUGCAGUUUGUUCAAUCAAUGCGACGACCCAGUUAACUUAAUGAGUCUAUUUCGAAGCUCAGUCUUCUGUUUGCAACCUCCGGGAGAUUCGUUAACCCGAAGAUCAACAUUCGAUUCGAUAUUAUCGGGUUGUAUCCCAGUUUUCUUCCAUCCAGGGAGUGCUUAUACACAAUAUGUAUGGCAUUUACCAAAGGAUCACAACAGAUAUUCAGUAUUCAUUUCAUCAAAGGAUUUACGAGUUGGAAAAGUUACAAUCAACCAAACAUUGCUUCAAGUUUCGAAGGAUGAACAAUUGGCAAUGAGAGAAGAAGUUAUAAAAUUGAUUCCAAGGAUCGUUUAUGGUGAUCCUAGGUCUAGGUUAGAGACCAUAGAUGAUGCAUUUGAUUUAGCAAUCAAUGGAAUUCUGAAAAGAAUAAAAAUUUUGACAAAAAAUUGACACAGGGACCAUCCUGAAAAA